AUGCAAAUCUUCGUUAAAACUUUAACUGGUAAGACCAUUACCUUAGAAGUUGAAUCCUCCGACACUAUUGACAAUGUCAAAUCUAAAAUUCAAGAUAAAGAAGGUAUUCCACCUGAUCAACAACGUUUAAUCUUUGCUGGUAAACAAUUAGAAGACGGUAGAACUUUAUCUGAUUACAAUAUCCAAAAGGAAUCCACUUUACACUUAGUCUUAAGAUUGAGAGGUGGUAUGCAAAUCUUUGUCAAAACUUUAACUGGUAAAACUAUUACCUUAGAAGUUGAAUCCUCAGACACCAUUGAUAAUGUCAAGUCUAAAAUUCAAGAUAAAGAAGGUAUUCCACCUGAUCAACAACGUUUAAUCUUUGCUGGUAAGCAAUUAGAAGACGGUAGAACUUUAUCUGAUUACAAUAUCCAAAAGGAAUCCACUUUACAUUUAGUCUUAAGAUUAAGAGGUGGUAUGCAAAUCUUCGUUAAAACUUUAACUGGUAAAACUAUUACUUUAGAAGUUGAAUCCUCAGACACCAUUGAUAAUGUCAAGUCUAAAAUUCAAGAUAAAGAAGGUAUUCCACCUGAUCAACAACGUUUAAUCUUUGCUGGUAAACAAUUAGAAGACGGUAGAACUUUAUCUGAUUACAAUAUCCAAAAGGAAUCCACUUUACAUUUAGUCUUAAGAUUAAGAGGUGGUAUGCAAAUUUUCGUCAAAACUUUAACUGGUAAAACUAUUACUUUAGAAGUUGAAUCCUCAGACACCAUUGAUAACGUUAAAUCUAAAAUUCAAGAUAAAGAAGGUAUUCCACCUGAUCAACAACGUUUAAUCUUUGCUGGUAAACAAUUAGAAGACGGUAGAACUUUAUCUGAUUACAAUAUCCAAAAGGAAUCCACUUUACAUUUAGUCUUAAGAUUAAGAGGUGGUAUGCAAAUCUUCGUUAAAACUUUAACUGGUAAAACUAUUACUUUAGAAGUUGAAUCCUCAGACACCAUUGAUAAUGUCAAGUCUAAAAUUCAAGAUAAAGAAGGUAUUCCACCUGAUCAACAACGUUUAAUCUUUGCUGGUAAACAAUUAGAAGACGGUAGAACUUUAUCUGAUUACAAUAUCCAAAAGGAAUCCACUUUACACUUAGUCUUAAGAUUAAGAGGUGGUCAAUAG